GAAAGCCACUGUUGUUGUCUGGGAAUGGAAACCACACUCAGGGAAGGAAAUCGGAAACUUGUCGACUUUUAGAAGAACGGGGAACUAUUGGAUCAAAGAUAACGCCGCUGGCAACUUGUACCCGGAGAUGAAAGUGAAUACCAGUACCCUUGCUCUAACAAUUGAUAAACCCACAUUUAAAUUGGCGGGAAUUUUCACUUUGAAUCAAACAGAACCGAUAAAGCAAAUCCUGAAACAAUAUGAAAUAUUUGGGAUGAAAGUUGAGGCAAGUCCACAGAAGCCUCUGCUGGGCAGUGACGUUACACUCAGCUGCACCAUCUCCAGACUCUCAGAUACAGUCAAUCUUCACUGGAGACCCAUUGACUCAUCCCAGCCGAACAGGGGCAACACUGAUCAGAUCCGCCUGGAUAACGCGGUCUAUCUGAUGGUUCGACACGUUACAGUGGAGGAUGGGAAGCUGUAUGUGUGUGAAGUGCGGGAAAACGGAAACAUUCUUCACACAAGUAACGGAGAUUUUACUGUAAACAAGUUCACAGCUGAACUGUCUGAUGUAGUGACUGAGGGAGACAACGUUACCCUGACCUGCUCUGUGUCUCAUGUCCUUGGGUCAAUGAGACUGGUUUGGAUCAAUGGCGAUGGCAAACGUGUUGGAGAAAAGACACUGACAUGGAAAGAGAAGUCACCGAGUCUGGUUAUUCAGAAAGCUGAGAGAGGCAGAGGGAACUGGAGAUGUGUUUUGUUUCAUCAAGACCUGCCCCGGCUUUUUGUCCCGUACUAUCAGAAGGACAGUAAAAUCAAUGUGACCCCAGUACCUGAGAUGAGCCGUGUUACUGAAUAUAUGUCUGUGAGUAGGAACACAAAGCAAGAAGAUACAGAGGAAGGUAUUCACUAUGGAUCCAUCUCCUUCCAGCCUAAAGCAACUGGUGGCAACAGCGAUAAUACACUGUCCUCCAAUCAAGCAUCAGGCACUAACCUUGUUUCUUCAAAGGAAGAUGAGUCUGUCAUCUAUGCUGAGACAGCAAAAACAUAA